AGCUAAUACGAUAAAAGAAGCCAUCAUAGGAUUCCUGCACAAGAACCAGCUACCGCUAGAUAAACUUUGUGCCUUCGGCAGUGACCGUGCUGCAGUUAUGGUUGGGAGAAAAGCUGGGGUCUCCAGACAUCUCCAGAACUUGGUGCCACAUCUCAUCUCUAACCACUGUGUUGCUCAUCGCUUAGCUCUUGCUGCUUCACAAGCCGCUGCCCACAUCAAGUACCUUGAUAAGUUUAAGAAGAUCAUCGAGCAACUCUUCAGAUUCUACAACUUCAGUGCUGUACGAACAGCAUCCUUGAGGGAAAUUCAGACUGUCCUGAAUGAGCCAGCUGUGAAGAUCACUGAGGCCAAAGAUGUUAGGUGGUUGUCUCAUGAUAAGGCCGUGCGAGCACUGAGGCGUUGUCUUCCAGCAGUAAUUACCAGCCUUGAAUUUGAAGCCGAAAAAGGUGAUGCUCAGGCCCAGGGAUUGUCUUGCUUUGUACAACACUACGAGUUUGUUGCUGCUCUGCUCAUGAUGUCAGAUGUUCUGCCAGUACUCUCAGCUUUGUCACUGCCUUUCAGACCCGAGAUGGUACAUACAGUCUGGUUGGUAGCCUAGUGUUGGGAACCAUUUCCACUGUGAAGACUCUGAAGGAAAACCCGGGGGAGCACUUUCGCAGCCUGUCCACUGUGAUGUCAGACCUUGUUGAUCAGCCAUUCAAGUUCCAUCCCCCCACAGACAGAGAGACUGAGCACUUCAUGAAGAAUGUGUACAACCCUUUCUUCGACUCUAUUGUACAAAAUCUUGAGAAGAGGCUUCCAAAUAUUGCGGAGUUAGAGGCAUUCUCUGUAUUCAGUCCACAGCUAUGGCCAGAAGACAGUGAAGAGUUUGCCGGGUAUGGGAAAGAUGAGAUUCAGAUGCUGUCUGUCCGAUUCCAGUCAUCAUUAAAUUGCCAAGCUGAUGUACAGUCCGAAUUCCAGUUGUUGAAGAACACUGUCCGCAAUGACCAGAAACUUGUGCAAGAACCAGCCAGCAAGAUCAUGGAGACAGUAGCAGGGCCUCUUUCAGAAACACUUCCCAACCUGGCCAAACUGGCAUCUGUUGGUCUCAUUAUCCCAACCUCUACUCCUGAUUGUGAAAGGGGCUUCUCAGCACUGAAGAGAAUCAAAACUGACAUAAGGAAUCGUAUGAAGGACUGUACACUGAACUCUCUUCUGCAGAUGGCAAUCGAAGGCCCAGAGGUCAUCAAAUUUCCAUACACGUACCACUGCAGUGGACAAAUGGGCUGGUAGAAAAAACAGGAGACUAAAACUUUAAACAACAAAUUUGUGCAGUGCUAAGAUUGUGUUGUUUAUGUACAUGUACAAUGAAUAUUGAGCAGUGAACAUUUUCAGAAGCUUAAAAUGGAUAGGUUAACAUUGGCAUUACUAAGCAGAUAAACUCCAAAGGAAUAGAAGACUGAAGCUUUAAACAGCAAAUAUGCGCAAUGUUAAAAUUGUGUUGUUUCAUGUAAUAUAAAUAGUAAGCAUUGUCAGAAACUAAAGUUUACAUUGUCUUCAGCAAUUAACUACAGAGGAAUACUUUCUCUAUUUGUUCUUGUUGUGCAUGAAAAUGAUGCUUAUU